UCUUUGGACACAGCAUUUUGGUUUCAUCAUGGUUUCCUGUAACUGCAACACUCUGUUUUUCUGUCUUUCACUAGUAUAUCCGCUUUCACUGGCUGCAGUCUUCUUACAGCACAAGCAAGCAAGCAAUGUGCUACAAAGGAAUAAGAGAGCCAAUACCUUCUUCGAAGAAUUAAAAGCGGGUUCACUGGAGCGAGAAUGCCUAGAAGAGAAAUGUUCAUUCGAAGAAGCAAGAGAAGUCUUCAAAGAUGACAAAAGGACUAUGGAAUUCUGGACACGCUACACAGAUCCUAAUCAGUGUGUCUCCAACCCUUGCCAGAAUGGUGGGACAUGUACUGACCAGCACCAAGCAUAUGUUUGCAUUUGUCCUGUAGAUUAUGAGGGCAAAAACUGUGAAACAGGCCCAGAAACCAUAUUAAAGUGCUAUUAUAACAACGGCAAUUGUGAACAGUACUGCACAGAUACUCCAAACACAUUACGGCAGUGUUUUUGUGCAGAGGGAUACAAGCUCGGGAAUGAUCAAGUAUCUUGCAUCCCGGAAGUUGAUUAUCCUUGUGGGAAAAUACCCAUUUUGGCAAAAAAAGGGUUGAGUCGGCAAGGAAGAAUCGUAGGAGGUUAUACUUGUCCUCAUGGUGAAUGCCCAUGGCAAGCUCUCAUAUUACAUGGUUUACAGGAAAAAUGUGGAGGUGUUCUGCUUGCUCCAUCUUGGGUUCUUACUGCAGCCCAUUGCUUAAACCAUGUGCACCAAUCAGCACUCACGAUAAAACUGGGCAAACACAAAGUAAACAGGGCAGAGGAAAGUGAACAGAAGAGCAAAGUGGCUGAAAUGUUUAUCCAUGAAAAAUACACUGCCAAAACCGUGGACAACGACAUUGCCUUGCUGCGCUUAGCGACCCCGGUGAACUUCACCGAUUAUGUGGUGCCCAUAUGUUUGCCCCAGCCACGGUUCGCUGCCCGCAUCCUGAGCUUUGUGGAAUACUCCACUGUGAGUGGAUGGGGACGUCUCUUAGAAGGCGGGGCUACUUCGGUGGCACUUAUGCGCGUGCAGGUCCCCAAAAUGCAUAAGCCAGAAUGUGUUCAGCACACUAGAUUCAAUAUCAGCAAUAACAUGUUUUGUGCCGGGUACCUUAAUGGGACGAAAGAUGCUUGCGAAGGGGACAGUGGUGGACCUCAUGUCACAAAGUACAAGGAUACUUGGUUUCUAACGGGCAUUGUGAGCUGGGGUAGGGGUUGUGCAGCAGUGGGCACGUAUGGAGUUUACACAAAAGUGUUCAAAUACUUUGAAUGGAUCAACAAUCACAUGGAUUGCUAAUUUGGAAUUCUUUCUAAAUUGUGAAGUUCCAACUGUCUUUUUUUUUUUUUUUUGACAUCUCUCUGUUCAGCAUUCUUGAACCAUCCUAAAUAAAUUAAAGACUAUAUAUAAUGAA